UGUGGUGCAGCUGCAGGCCGUCAGUAGGUGGUGGGCGUUCCUCCCUCAUCCUCCGCUCUCUGUUCAUGUUGACAACAUUAUUCUGCCCCAGCAGCUCUCCAGAUGUUUCUCCCUACGCUCGUGGAGGACAUGCAUCACUUUAAACCCAGUCGAGACAGACUGUACACCACCAGGUGCUGCGGAUGCUGCCAUGUCCGGACGGGGACCAUCAUCCUGGGGACCUGGUACAUGGUAGUGAACCUGUUGAUGGGCAUCCUGCUGACUGUAGCUGUGACCCAUCCAGAGAACGUCCCCACUAUCGACCUGCAGUAUGAGGUCAUCGACCAUUACUUUGCCUCUGACAGGAUGUCUGAGAACGCCUGCGUUGGAUUCGCCAUCUCUCUGCUGAUGCUCACUAUCAGCGCCAUGAUGGUGUACGGAGCCAUUACUCAUCGUGACGGAUGGCUCAUCCCGUUCUUCUGCUACCAGCUGUUUGACUUCGCCCUGAGCUGCCUGGUGGCCAUCAGCUCUCUCACCUACCUGCCCAGGAUCAAGGACUACCUGGACCAGCUGCCGGAUUUCCCGUACAAGGAUAACCUCCUCUCUCUGGACUCCAGCUGCCUGCUGCUCUUUGUGCUCGUCUUCUUCGCCUUCCUCAUCAUCCUCAAGUCUUACCUGAUCAACUGUGUGUGGAACUGCUACAAGUACAUCAACAACAGGAACAUGCCAGAGAUCGCUGUCUACCCGGCCUUUGAGACCCCUCCCCAGUACAUCCUGCCUACCUAUGAGAUGGCGAUGAAGAUGCCAGAGAAGGAGCCUCCUCCCCCGUACAUGCCUGCUUAAACACCAGCCAAAACACACACACACACACACACACACACACACACCACCAUAUGCAUUCCUACCUUCCCUCACUAACUCCUGAAGCCCCCCCCCCCCCCUGUGACCUCUGACCUCUGUGUAUGUGUAAGGCCUCUGGUGUUUCGUUCCUCCCUCUGUGUUUCUACAGAGCGUCCUGUGAGCAGAUGAAGAUGAUGAAGACUGAAUCUGAGUGAAAUAAAUGAAUGAAUGAAUGAAUUUGAUGUUUGAAAAGCUUCGGGUGCUACCAGCCCCUCCCCCUCGCGCCCCCCCCCUCCCCCCCUCUGGCCUUUUUUAUGUCUUAGUAAAAGGGAUUCAUGUGAAAAUUAAAUUGCUUGAAAUGCUCUCAUCAUCGAUCCAGCACCAUCCUAUCUAUAGAUUGAUAUAUGAAGUGUAAAAAAAAAAUGACUAUUAUUAUGACAAUCCACUUAUUCUAGCUCUUAUUGUUGAAUUGUGUUACUUUCCACCCUAAUUAUUAAGACCUCGACUAUUCCAUCUCAGUCUUGAAUGGAGUCUGUAGCACUAUUUGGUCUGUUAUUUAUUUAGCUUUGCCAUGGUUCAGUUCACCAUAGUCAGGCAGCUUAGGACCAGAUUUCAGAAUAAAAGGGGACACGCCGGACAAAAGCACCACAUUUUUUCCACAUGCUCUCUAUGACUAUAGGUUUCAAUUUUUGGUAGGAGCCACUUCAUCAAGAUUCUGGAACGGAUAUGGCACCCAUAUAAAGUCUAUGAGAACCAGUAUAUCUUCCAAGCUACAAAAUGACCCAAAAAAAGACAAAAUGACCAAAAAAAAGAUGCAAAAUGACCAAAAAAAGACACAAAAUGACCAAAAAAAGACACAAAUUGGCCAAUAAGGACACAAAAUGGUCAAAAAAGACACAAAUUGACCAAAAAAAAGACGCAAAAUGAAUAAAAAAAGAUACAAAUUGACAAAAAAACAACACAAAAUGACCAAAAAAACACAAAUUGACCACAAAAUGAUCAAAAAAAGACACAAAAAAGACACAAAAUGACCAAAAAAAAGACAUUAAAUGACCAAAAAGACUAAAACACAUUAACACAUGAACACUUUAACACAGUGGAGACAGAGCUGACUUCCAAAAUGAUUUGGUGACCAUCAAGAUUCCGGAACGGAUAUGGCACCCAUAUAAAGUCUAUGAGAACCAGUAUAUCUUCCAAGCCACUUAAAAUGUCAAUCUUGGUGUCAAAAAAUACAUUUUCUGGGUCAAGGAAUCAUUUAAAGCUCUUGAUUGCACAGAUUUUUGUAGUUGCAAAUGUAAUAGAUAAUUAAAGUGAAGCUUCAUCAAUUAAAUGUAUGCACGUUUCUCAAGAGCUUUAAAUGAUUCCUUGACCCAGAAAAUGUAUUUUUUUGACACCAAGAUUGAUCUUGUAAGGUUAUUUGUGUCUUUUUUGGGUAAUUUUGUUUCUUUUUCUUGUCAUUUUGUGUCUUUUCUGGUCAUUUUGUGGUCAAUUUGAGUCCUUUUUUGCUUAAUUUGAUGUAAUUUUAUGGUCAUUGUGACUUUUUUGGGUAAUUUUGUUUCUUUUUCUUGGCCAUUUUGUGUCUUUUGUUGAUUUUGUGUCUUGUCAUUUUGUGUCUUUUUUGUCAUUUUGUUUCUUUUCUGGUCAUUUUGUGUCUUUUCUGGUCAUUUUGUGGUCAAUUUGAGUCCUUUUUUGCUUAAUUUGAUGUAAUUUUUUGGUCAUUUUGUGACUUUUUUGGGUAAUUUUGUUUCUUUUUCUUGGCCAUUUUGUGUCUUUGUCAUUUUGUGUCUUUUGGUGAUUUUGUGUCUUGUCAUUUUGUGUCUUUUUUGUCAUUUUGUUUCUUUUCUGGUCAUUUUGUGUCUUUUUCUUGGCCAUUUUGUGUCUUUGUGAUUUUGUGUCUUUUGGUGAUUGUGUCUUUUUUGGGUAAUUGUGUUUCUUUUUCUUGGCCAUUUUUAAGUGGCUUGGAAGAUAUACUGGUUCUCAUAGACUUUAUAUGGGUGCCAUAUCCGUUCUGGUACUUGAUGAAGUGGCUCCUACCAAAAAUUGAAACCUAUGGCCAUAGAGAGCAUGUGGAAAAAAUGUGGUGCUUUUGUCCGGCGUGUCCCUUUAUUUCUAAUCCGCCUGACGACCACCUCCCUGGUGUUUCAUCACUCUGUCGUGUUAGCAAAGCUAGUGAGUGGUUUCCCAGCUGAGACUGAGAGACGGAGAGCAGAAUCUCUGAUGACGGAUCAUUUUCUCUGCUUCUUUCUCACCUGACAUCUGGAACAAACAGCUAGUCUUGUGAACAUUAGUUAGUAGUUGCAUGCUUAUAAACAGCUCUCCCCAUUACUUUACUGGUAAUAUGAUUUUAUUCUAGUGGAAAUACAUUUGACUUCAAUAAACGUUUCAGAACA